AUGGCGGCCAAACCGAAGCUCUGGUACUUCCGUGGCCGAGGCAGGAUGGAGUCUAUCCGCUGGCUGCUGGCUGCAGCUGGUGUGGAGUUUGAAGAAGAAUUUCUUGAAACAAGGGAACAAUAUGAGAAGUUGCAGAAGGACGGACGCCUGCUUUUCGGCCAGGUGCCUCUGGUUGAAAUUGAUGGAAUGGAGCUGACACAGACAAGAGCCAUCCUCAGCUACCUUGCUACCAAGUACAACUUGCAUGGGAAGGACCCGAAGGAGACAGGCUUCUCUUGGAUUGAGAGUUCCUGCUGUUUUGUCAGGAUCGACAUGUACGCCGAGGACACCCUGGACCUCAUGAUGAUGGUGGUGGUGGCUGCGUUCAAACCCCCGGAGGAAAAAGAGGAAAGCCUGGCUUCAGUCGUGAAGAAAGCCAAAACCCAGCACUUCCCGGUCUUUGAAAAGAUUUUGAAAGACCACGGAGAGGAUUUUCUCGUUGGCAACAAAUUCAGCUGGGCAGACAUACAGCUCCUGGAAGCUAUUUUAAUGGUGGAAGAACUUGAUGCUUCUGUUCUUUCCGACUUCCCUCUGCUAAAGGAAUUUAAGACAAGAACCAACAACAUUCCUACCAUUAAGAAGUUUCUGCAGCCUGGGAGUCAGAGGAAGCUGCCCCCGGAUAACCACUAUGUUAAGGUUGUCAGGAAUGUCUUGCAGUUCUAA